AUGCAGCGAAGUGAGCUUGAUGCCAAUCCUUCUGGAAAUGUUGCAAUGAACAAACUUAAUGAACAAGUCGAAGAGAAUGCAUUAAGCAGUGCAUCGUAUGAAGAGUCUGGCAGUAUAAACGAUAUUGCAGAAAUAGAUUUGAGCCUACUAGAAAAAAUGGAAAAAGCGGUGAAGAGAACUAGAGAAGAUGAAGAUUUUAACAUAAGCCAAAAAAGUAAAAAAGUUGACAAAGACACUUCUAACUCACCAAAUACAUCCUACGAGGACAAUGCGAAUCAAGCAUUUGAUAAAGAGGAAGAUAUACUAAGCAUCGCAUUCCGAAGGCGUUUGAAAUACUUUAAAACUGAAAUAGGCGUAGAAAAAUAUACAAUGACGUACAAAAUUGAAGAAAUUGACCUCCUGUCUAAUGUGAAAUUAGUACUAUCAGAAUCGUUCAUCAACGACAUUAGAGAUGACUUUAUUGAUUUGGUCGAAGGGUUUACAAAAUGCGACAAUUUCUAUAAAGUUAACUUAACUGCACACACUGAGUUUGUGCAUAAUUUUGUAAACAUGUCAUGUAAUUAUGACAUACAAAGCUACAAUUCCACAAUUUACAAAGAAAAUGACAUAGAAUCAUCAUUUAUUACAUUACGGAACAAUUUACGAGACAGAAUAGCUUCAGAAGAAAAAGAAAUUGGAUGGACUCUUAAUCGAAUAAAAAGUAUUACUAUGUCUAUAAAUAUAUUAAACAGUUUAAUGUCGUUAGGAGCAAACUUGCCUGACGGUGAGCAACACAAAUGCCCUUAA